GGAUUCGCGCUAUGGAGCAGAUCUUGAAUGCUAUGCUCAAGAUUGGGUAGCCUAGCCGGAAGUGGGCGGCCUUCUGCCCGGAAGGCGCGGGACUCUGUGGCGGCGGCAAAAAUGCUUGGCGUUAAAGCAAACUACCUACUACCCGGGGACUGCGCUCACCGGGUGGUAGUGGAGCUGCAGGGCGCCCUGGACUCCUGCGCCGAUCGGCAGCGGCAGUUGGAGCGGAGCCUGAGCAUUUCCAGGAGGCUGCUGCAGGUCUGGGAACCAGCCAGGACCCCGUCUCCAGUUCUAGAAACCAAGGAAGAAGACCCAAGUCCAGCAUGUACACCUAGUUCUCAAGACCUCGAGGAGCUGAAACUUUUGACCCAGGCACUGGAGAAGGCUGUACGUGUCAGGAAAGGUGUGUCCAAUGCUGGACGAAGAGACAGAACCCCCAGUCUAACAUCUAAGGCAGCCACUUCUGGUACUACUGGCUCUGCCCAUCCUCGGGCUCCCAGCCAGGCUGGCAGCCGUGUAUCGGGUGCAGGAUCCACCAAGGGCAUACAAUGGGCCACAACCAACGCUAAGGAUUGCCCUGAGUGCAGACUUCCAUCAAGGGGAGAUAAGACCCAUGUAAGAACACAAGACCAAACUACUGGGUAUAGACCAGGCCUCAGGGACCAACAAAUGGUCCCAUCAUCUGCUCCUCAUGCCACAGAACUCUUCACAUUAAAGGAGAAGGGGACUCUCCUGCAGCUACCUGUGGCCUUUAGGAAGGCAGCUUCUCAGAAUUCCCGCCUGUGGGCCCAGCUCAGCUCUACACAAACCAACGACUCCACAGAUGCCACUAGAGCCGCCAAAACGCAGUUCCUCCAUAAACUCCAGAUGGCUUCAGGCUGUUCCAGCCACAGGCCCAGUGCUGUAGAAGUGGAGGCGCAUGUGCAGAACCUCAGGAAGGCCUGCACACUGCUGAGACUUCAUAUGCAAAAGGAGCUUUCCAAAGCCCCCACUGACUGGAUGCAGGAGUACCACUGCCUGCUCACCCUGGAAGGACUGCAGACCAUUGUCGGACAGCAUCUCCACAGGAUACAGGCGCUGCAAGCAGCUGUGACAGAACAACUUCCAGGAGCAUGCCUUGCAGAGAAGCCCCCUCGGGCCUCCUCAGUCUGUGGAGGAGAGAUGGACUCUUCCUGGAGCCCUGAGCUCCUUCUCUACUCCAGCACCAAGGAGCUGCAGACCUUGGCAACCUUGAAGCUUCAAGUGGCCAUGCUAGACCAGCAGAUCCAUCUAGAAAAGGUUCUGAUGGCUGAACUCCUCCCUCUGAUAAACACUCAGGAGCCAGGAGGACCACCUUGGCUGGCACUGUGUCGUGCUACAUACAGUCUGCUCUGUGAGGGAGGCGAACGCUUCCUCACAGUCCUUCGAGAUGACCCUGCUGACUAAGCAGUCUGGGCAGACAAGCCUCUCUGGGGGAGCCCCCUCCUCUCAGCUGGGAAGUAGUGAACAAGGAUUGAGGGAGAUUUUCCUGUUUGGGGGAGCUAAGAGCACAGAGCUAUAACAUCACUGGGGAAGCUAGGUGGACAGGGUGUUCCCCCCUCACCCCUAGCUCCUCUUGGCCUCCAGACUUCUUAGUCAGGGCUCAGCUUUCUGGCUUCCUGGGGAAGUCCUUGGCUGCCUCUCCUUUCUCUCACUGUAGACCUACAGACGACCUACAUGACACCUGAACUCCUUGAGGGAGUAUAAAUAUUUAAAUUAUAUCACACUAGGACUUGGCAAGA